UGCGCAUGUAACUGUUUGUGUAACGGACUACUUUGAUCUGCGUGCAGUGCUUCGUUGUGCUGAAGUCUUUCCGGAUCUUCACUGCAGUGGCUCGAGUCUCUCGGUUCGUGCGUGUCCGCUUGCCCAAGCAGACCAUACGCCUGCUGGAAAAUCUGAUUAUUAGAUGCUCCCUGUGGCUGCGAUUGCUCGCUGCUUGACCCUCACCCCAACACAUCACGCUUAGUGAAGACUACUGUGAACGUGAUUCAAGAUGCCAUCCGCUUGGGAAAGCAAAGUUUUCAAGGGACUUACCUCCACAAUGAUCAGAACGUUCACAGCGGAUGAUUUGCGAAGGAAGUGUGCGUCGCAAAGCCUGAUCACUCAGAGCCAAAAGACGAAGUUCGCAGUUCUCGUAGGUGCGGCUAUGCAAAACGAGGCAUUGUUGGACGCCGUACGAUCGGGAGACGACAGAUCGUUCCAUCUCUUCUUGGAGUGCAUUCGCGAGGUUGAGCCCGAGGCCAACGUAAGAGCGAUCCUGGAGAAACUGGACCAGAUUGACAAGUAUCGAGCAGCAGCGGCAGCAGCACCCCAGGCCGCUGAGCCAGAUGCAUCUCCGAUCAGUAAGCCCCCAGCAGCUCCGAGGAAGCCGUGUCCUGACCCCUUCGGUGAUCAAAGGUUUUUUUCCAACCAUAUGCUUUGGAUCGCGACGCUGAACGCAGAUGCCUUCCGGGUCAAUAUUCAAGCAUUCGGCUUGCUUACCAUGGCGGACUUAUCCGACUUGCAGCUUAAACAGACAAAUGGAGGAAACUCAGCGCACAACUACCACGUUAUCAGCCUCAUUAGACCUGGCGGAAAUGUGGCAUACAAGCUCUUGUGCCAAGCAAUUUAUUCUAUGAACCCCAUUUUGCAUACCGCGAAAUUCAAUGAGAUGAUCCUAUUGUUGCCGGAAAGCCAGCGCCCAGCUAUAGCCAAUGCUCCUGUAACGCGUGACCUAUGUGAAGUCCUUGAUGAGGCUACUCUUAACAGCACAAUGACACGCGUACGUCGAAUCCGCAUCAGCCUCAUUGGCCAGUUUGGUAGUGGCAAGACAAGCCUGGCUGACUCGUUAAAGGGUAAAAAAUUUCGUCCAGACAAAUCCAGCACUCCAUUCCUUGAUGUGCAUCCACAUGGCCUGCUGCUGCGUGAUGGCAAACUUCAAGAAUGGGAAUUCUCGACUGCUCAUCUGCAAGGAUCUCGGUUCAUACGCGAUGCGGAGACGCGCACAGCUGAUCGUUUACGACAGAAUGAUGCAAAGCGGAAUGCUUAUCAAGCCGAGGCUCUUGAGGUGAGAAUGGAAGUGGAAUCAAACACCCCAAUUAGUGGUGGACAAGAAAAGCUAGAAUCCAAAAUACUGGACGAUCCUGAGCCAAUCAGCGCGGGUGAACUCACUCAAGGUGUGAUCAACGAAAUCUUGGACAAUAGAGAGCUGACGAGGGAUAUGGGAGAUGAAGAGGUGAUCAUGUCUAUGUGCGACUGCGGUGGUCAGUCUAUCUUCUCCAGUCUGCAGCAAUUCAUGUUGAGUGACAGCUUUGUCAUCUAUAUUCUUUGCUUCAAUUCUGCCGAAGGCCUCUGCUUGAUCAAAGACCAAACAUUUACGCCUGAGGAUACAGGCGUCCCUGAGAAAAUCGAAGUGGCGAAAGAACUGGAGAACAUCGACCACAUCCGCCACUGGUUGACUGCCGUUCACUUCGCAAGCACUGCUGACAGUGAGCAAGACAAUGUCUCAUAUUCGCCAAUCAUCAUGGUUGGAAACUUUGCUGACAAACUUGACCCAGAUCUGAGCUUGCAGCAACACAAAGACAAGAUCUGGAACAAUUUGUGCAAGCUUUGCUGCAGAUCACCAGUAUUUGCAGCCAUGCAGUCUAACUCCGAUGGGAUAUCAACGUGCGAUGCCAACUCCUUAUUCCUGGUCAACAACCGAGAAUCGAACGCAUCGCCGGAAGUCCGUCAAAUUCACGCUAAAAUCGAGGAAGCCAUGUCUAUUGUCCUAAAAGGGAAGGUGAUGCGCAAGUCAUGGGUUCGCUUUGAGUGGAUUGUACAGCAUCUCAACCAAGCUAAGAAGGAGAAAGGAUGCACUAGCCGAGAAUGGAUGAAGACGAUGGUAGCUGAGGCAUGCGGAAUCAAGGAGGAAGUCGAGUUUGAGGAGCUUCUACAGUUCUACCACUGCAUGCGUGUCAUCAUCUACAAACCGAGCAAAUAUCCGCCUCCGCCAGAUGACCUCAUCGUCUACAACGUGCAGUGGCUUAUCAAGCAGAUCAACCGCUUCAUGUUCGGUAAGAAGUACCUGGUGCAUGAAGCUGGCCACACCUUUGAAAAAAAAAGUCUCUGGGAAGAAGAGACUGCAGCACGUCUUCACAACACUCUGUGGGAGAAAGGCACAGCAAGCAUGCGUCUAGCGGACAUCACUAUGGCCUCCAUCCCACAAAGUGUCCGUACUAAGGUGAUUGACGUGAUGGUUGACUGGGAUCUUCUCUACAAAUUGGAAGACAACUCGUACCUCGUGCCAUCAGCGCUACACCAGCAGAGCCCACCGAAAAUUGAAGGUGCAUUGCGCAGUUUCAGCAAGGUAGAUGUGGAGAUGGACAGUAUCAAUUUCUCUACCGCUGAUACCCCGUUGCUUAUUGCUGUGGAACCAUCUAAUGCAGUACAAGAGGAUUACGAGUUCCCUGUGCCAGCCACGCCGAUGCCACAUAGCUCCUACUUCAAGCUACUAGUGCGUCUCUUCAAGAAAUGGGACAUCAGAAGCAUCAACACCAGCCACUGUGAGCUCACGUACAACACCGCCAGGAUAAGGCUGCCGAAUAGGUGCCUUGGCUUGGGUGAGUUCAAGGAUGGCCACGUGGAAAUCUUCAUGGCUCACUACGAGUCAUCAGGUGCAUUGCUGGUCAGCCUGAACUUCCAGCAUCCUCUCCACACAUUCCAGCCCGGUCAUAUCAGCACGGCAGACAAGAGGCUUCGCUCGAUAUCAUCCAUCUGCCAGCAAGUCUGCAAGGACAUAGUUUCACAGCUGACAGAGCUUUCAUUCAUCACGACAUCCUCCGUGUCGCUUGACGCUGGCAAUCUCGUCUGUGAAUGCAAACCCAGUGAAUGGUCCGACCACACCACAAGAUGCCGCGACCUUGGAUAUGCACCGUGGCGCGUGCGUUUUGCUAAGCAGUCUACCGACAUUGCGGCUGCUGAGCAGUCUACCGGCGUUGCGGCCCGCAGUCACGUCAUGGAAGCUGCUUACCCGGACGGCAAUCCUUGCAUUAAAUGCGGCAAAGAUAUCCGAGUUCCCAACAACUCUCAUUGCUGGUUCAAUGACAGAGAGUUCAAGUUGGAAGGUCAGAGUAACCAGCCUGCCAGGAAGAAAGUUGCUGCAUCAAAUCCGCUGCCGUGCACUCCAGCUGACCCAUUUAAAAGCAAGAUCUUCAAGAAAGACAUUCUGCCGCGAUUGCGUGAAUUUGAUUGCGGUACCCUGCGGAGACUUCUGCAAGAUGAGGGAUUGCUAAGUUUAUCUGAGGUCCUGGACUUGCAACGCCAAGAGAAGUAUCAUGGACAAGAGCAGGCUAAUACGGCAGCGAUCAAUUGUGCCCACGCCGGCGGUGAUGAUGCAUAUGCCACAAUGUGUAGGGCAGUCGAGAAACGCCCACUGCUCGUGGAAUUGCACAAGAGGAUGGUUGCACUUCUACCUGCUCAACAUGGUGACUCAGCCCAAUCAGAAGACUCUGUUGAUGAUGUUUCUCAGCUCCCUCCUGGUGAGGAGUCAGUAGCUAUGACAUCAAUAACCGAUGCACUUGUUGUGCACACAGCUUCAGUGGUGUCCGAUCUACCUGCAAUGGCCUCCCCUGCAGAAAAAUCAUCUCCAGAACAGCCUACAUCUGCAGCAAUACGUUCUAUAGCUGUCGAGCCAUGUUCUUACAUGGUGACCCGUGAUACACCUGGGACAGCUAACCAGUCCUCUUCACUGGACUCCUCUUCUGCUACAUUGAGUUCAGGCCACACGGUGAAAGCGCCCAGUGGACGAUGGCAGAAGGGACAGGACCUCACAUGUCAACGUUUGGCCAUGAUGGGUGGUGUGGGUAGAGCGGAGAGAGAGACGGCGGCGGGCACUGACAAUACGACGGCCGGAUCUGAACAGCUCUCACGGCACACUGUAGCGCCUGGACCAGCUGGCCAUACAUUACCAGAGGACUAUGAGGGAAAGAAAUCCAAGAAAUCUAAGAAAGAUAAGAAAGAAAAGAAAAGCAAAAAGGAGAAGAAGGAGAAAAAGAAGUCAAAGGACAAAGAGCGUGAUCUGGACGAGGAUGAGCAUGCUCGUCGGCAAGGCAACUCCGAGAGGCCACCACGAGACCGCGACAGUCGCCGUGACAACAGUUUAAAUCCGAGCCCUGGCGGCGACAAGCAAAGCAGUCAUGUCAUGCAGCGACAGGCUGAUCGCGCGAGCAAAUCUGCUUUCUCUUCACCGCCUCGACGUCACCACAGUGGUAGUCGAUCACCUCGUCGCCAGGAUCGCGUACAAACCCAAUCCAGACAUAGACGCGGCCCAUCUCCUCCUAGCCACCGAAGGCGGAGCAGAAGCCGCUCUCCGUCCUCGUCGACACGUGGACAAGGCCGCAAUGCCUCGCCACCCGGUCAGCGAGGCCAGAGGAGAAGCCCAAUGAUGCGUCGUCGACGGCAACCCAGCUCCUCUCCCGAGCGUGCCGAGCGGCGGAGAGAGCGGCGUGACCGAAGCCGUUCUCCGCGACGUCAGCAGCCGCAGCAUCGCGCUGCAUCUCCAGAUAGGCGCACAGCAACCAGUCAUCACCGCUCUGCCGUUCAUGACUCGGCACGCAGUCGCUCACCAGUACGAGAGGCAAGACGCAGUCGCUCACCCAUGAGGAAUACCAGGCGAGACCGCUCGCCAGAGUCAAACAGCCGGAGGCAUGCCUAUUCGCCGGUAAGAAGUCGAAAGCGCCGACGUCGACGACGGCAACCCAGCUCCUCUCCCGAGCGUGCCGAGCGGCGGAGAGAGCGGCGUGAUCGAAGCCGUUCUCCGCGACGUCAGCAGCCGCAGCAUCGCGCUGCAUCUCCAGAUAGGCGCACAGCAACCAGUCAUCACCGCUCUGCCGUUCAUGACUCGGCACGCAGUCGCUCACCAGUACGAGAGGCAAGACGCAGUCGCUCACCCAUGAGGAAUACCAGGCGAGACCGCUCGCCAGAGUCAAACAGCCGGAGGCAUGCCUAUUCGCCGGUAAGAAGUCGAAAGCGCAGCCGUUCUCCAGUAAGGAGAUCGAGGCGUAGCCACUCACCCGAAGAUCCCCACAGCUCCCGAAAUCGACGCAACUGAACUGGGAGGCUGAACAGUGAGCACGACUACCGACUGGCCGAAUAUUUAAAAAUCAUUCAAUCAGCUGCUGCAAUUGCGGUCACGGCAUUCUUGCUAUCCGCCGUGAUUUGUCCAUCUACAUGUAGUUAUGGCCAUCUUUCCCCAUGCCCAUGGAGGAGCCGUUUCGCAAUUCCGUAAUGACUUCAUUUGUUUUUUUGUUUUUCUUUUUUUUUGCUGUCCAAGACUGGCUGUUAUCACAACCUCACAGUCAGUCACCAAUACGCUGUACUUGAAACUGUGAUUCUGUAGUUGCCAUGGCAAUGACGUUAGUCACUGCAUUCAUCUGAGUCGCACCCUAAACCAAUUGACAGCCCGAAAUAGCGUUGUGCACAAGCACACUUGAUUCUUUGACUCUUUGCCGUGAUAAUGAUGCAGACUUUAUUCGAUGAACCUUUCCUCUUUCAGGUCGUCUCCUUCCACUGUUUGAGAGUGGCAGACUCAACUGAGCAUUAUUAUGCUCUACAACCAUAAUUUUAAUCCUUCGACAUUUGAAAUUCUCCCAUGUCCCUCUUAGAGAUUUUACUUUUUCUUUGGUUGUGUGUGUGUGUAUGUGUGUGUGUGUGUGUGUGUGUGUGUGUGUAUGUGUGUGUGUGUGUGUAUGUGUGUGUGUGUGUGCGUGCGUACGCGCGUGUGGAGUGUGGAUGUGCCAGUGAAUGUAUUUCCCUAGCUGUGUUCAGCUCCGCUUUCAGUUUUAAGAUCAUGACACGUUGGAACGUGGAUGUGCUACCCCCCCCCCCCCCCUCCCCAUUUUUCAUCUUAUCUGCAGGCAGAUUUGCUCAUCCUCGUCUUUAUAUUUUCAUGUCAAUUUGCUAUUUUUCUGAUGCUUUCUGCUUUCAUGACGAUAGCAGGCAUUCUUCACUAAAGCAUUGUCUUUUAUGUCGUAGUAAUAAUUUUUACUGGUAGUUGCCGA